AUGGCCCGCACACAGGAAGUUGCAACCGCCUUUCUGGUCGUCACGUCGGCCAAUUUCGGGCUCGGUCAAAACGCAGUGAGCAUCGAUUGCUCACCCACCGUCUUCGAAAACACGGUCGUCGAUGGAGCUGCAUCCGGUGCCAGUGCCCGCUCGUUCGGUGUAGCCAGCUCGUUCGGUGGAGCCGGCUCAUACGGCGGCGCUGCCAGCGGUGCUGACUACAAUGCCGGCUACCAGGCGCGACUUCGUGCCGGUGCUUCUGCGUCUGCCGGUUCGUCCGCAUCUGCCGGAUCAUUCGAUGGAGCCGGAACCCGUUUCGAUUCGAUUGCUGGAUCUAACGCUAACAGCUUCACCAGUAGUGGCGCGUUCGGCUCUUCUUCGGCCGGUGCAUCCGCCUUUGCCCAGACCAAGACGGAGGUCCGCUAUGCCGCCCCAGUGAUCAAGAAGAACUUCUACUACCACGUAGCGCAGGACGAUGCGAUCGCUGAAACUGAAACCAACACCCUCACCAUCACGCCCCGCAAGCACUACAAGGUCAUCUUCAUCAAGGCCCCGUCUGCCAGCGCCAACGCCGGUGCAUCGUCCAAGGCAGCCAGCCAAACGGAAGAGAAGACGAUCGUCUACGUGCUCGUCAACAAGCCGGCUAAGGCAAACGCCACUAGUGAGGCCGAGGCAAGCUCUUACUACUCUGGCAAGCCGGAGGUAUACUUCGUCAAGUACCAGGGUGCUCAGGCUACCUCUAGUUCAAGCUCUAAAUCGCAAUCGGGUGGAUCGAUUGCCAUCAGCGAUGCCAAUGCUGUCGCUGGUGCAAAUGCUAUCUCUGGCGCUGGAGCCAAUGCUUACUCUGGCGCUGGUGCCAAUGCUUACUCUGGCGCUGGUGCUGGAUCCGGUAGUGUUGGUGUUAACGCUGGUGGGACUUCAUUCGCUAAUGCUGGUGCAUCGGCCGGUGCUCGCAGCGAUGCGCUGGUUGGUUCAGGCGGAAACAGCGGUUUUGAAAUUGCCUCUGCUGGAGCCUCUGCUGCAGCCGAUUCUGGAGCCUCUGAGAACUGGUCGUGA